AUGGGGAACGACGGGUCCAAGCCUUGGCUUGACUUUGACGACCACGUUGAGUACAGCGUCGUUGAUCUCGAGACCAAGUCAAAUGCUAUCAUUGCCAUUGCCUUUCCCAAAUUCUACUUUUAUAAGAGCAAGAGCGAUGGUUUCAGCUGCUCCCUUGGCGACAUUCGCGGCUACGCGCAGCGCAAUCGGGUGUUCUCAUUCGAAACAGGACGUAAUUGCCCCGGUGGCCCGGCAAAGUAUACCGUCCGUGUCAAAGGCCGUGCCAAUAUUCACCAAACCAUGAACGAUAUUAUCAAGGACAACAUGGUUGAGGGCCCGCAACAGCGCUUCGACCCAGCAGAGGAAACGGAGCAGCGUCAACAGAACCUCCGGCGCUCCAUGCGUCGACCGCCAUCUUCGGAAAACACCUAUGAUACUUUGAAUACUGCAGUACCAAUGGCCGGCGCUGCCGGCUCCGCGCCCCGAAGCGGCAGCGGAGAAGUUUACAACACCCUGCAAGGAUCGCGUAGUAACUCAGGGGCUGCGGCCACAGCCACUGCCCCCCUGGGAGGCAACAUUUACAAUCACAUCGAGUCCAUGCAUCCACGUUCGCCGGUUCAGGACUAUGAUCAUCUUCAACAGCCGCCAACCUCUGUCCAAGAGAACACCUACAAUGUUCUCAACCACUCGCGCAGCCCCCAUCCCUCAAUCAGUGCUUCUCCCGAAUACAAUUCGCUCUCCUCCAGCCACAACUCCCCACCACCCGGCAACCUGUACAACACCUUGCAAGCAACCACCACCUCCACGGCCCACUUGCCUGACGAUUACGAACAACUGGAGCAUUACGGCUUUGAUGCUCGGUGA